AUGGCGGCCACAGAAUCUGAAUCGGUGGCGUGCGAUGAGGAGCUGCAACAGAUGAUGCGGCAACUUGGGAUUGAGGACUCUGAUUUGAUUGAUAUCGUCUAUGAGGAUGCAUGCCCGGAGCCGGUGAAGGAGUCCAUCCGAUGGCUUGCAAUCGGGAGAGUACACACAUCUAAAGAGUUUGGGGAUUUCUGGUUCUACAAGAACAUGCGCAGUACAUGGGACCUUGCUCAAGAUGUCAAAUUCAGAUCUUUGGGUGAUAAACUAUACACGAUGCAGUUUUCAUGCCUUGGCGAUUGGGACAAGGUGAUGGAGGGCGGCCCUUGGUCCUUUCGGGGCAAUCCUGUACUCAUGGCGCCAUACGACGGAUUCACAAAGCCUUCGUCUAUUGAUCUAUGCAAGUUCAAGAUUUGGAUGCAAAUUCAGGACCUUCCAGACGGAUUUGAACCCCUUGUUCAGUCCCUUGCACGAACAGUUGGUGAGUUUUGCUCGCUGGAUAACAGAGGAAGAGAUGUUGCAGGAAACUUCUACCGAGUAAGGAUUAUAUUGGAUGUCAGGAACAAAUUGAAAAAUCAUGUCUCGGUGGUCAGGAAAAGAAAGAGGCAAAUUUUCAAGGUUAAAUAUGAACGGCUUCCAGAUUGGUGCGCCGUUUGUGGCAUGAUUGGUCAUUUGCAUACAUAA